CAGAUAAAGCCCUGCCAAUUGGAAGCAGAGUCAUUAUGACCAGAGGGGUUUGUGUGGCUGAAGAGGCAGGCAGAACAGUGUGUCCAUAUUAUAGGACCAUGCCAGGCACAAAACGGUUUCAACACGUGAUUGAGACCCCAGAGCCUGGCGAGUGGGAGUUGUCUGGGUAUGAGGCAGCUGUGCCAAUCACAGAGAAGUCAAACCCACUGACCAGGGACUUGGACAAAGCAGAUGCCGAGAAAGUUGUUCGAUUGCUGGGGCAGUGUGAUGCUGAGAUCUUCCAGGAGGAGGGGCAAGCCAUGCCCACAUACCAGAGACUAUACAGUGAAUCAGUUCUGACCACCAUGGUGCAAGUGGCUGAGAAAGUUCAGGAUGUGCUGAAGGAGCCAGAGGAAGCGCUGGUGGUACUUAGUGGAGGGGGCACCUCUGGCCGGAUGGCAUUCCUCAUGUCAGUCUCCUUUAACCAGCUAAUGAAAGGUCUAGGACAAAAACCUCUUUAUACCUACCUCAUUGCAGGGGGUGACAGGUCUGUGGUGGCCUCUAGGGAAAGGACAGAAGACAGUGCCCUACACGGGAUUGAGGAACUGAAGAAGGUGACUGCUGGGAAAAAAAGGGUGAUCGUCAUUGGCAUUUCAGUGGGACUCUCUGCUCCCUUUGUGGCAGGCCAGAUGGAUUACUGCAUGGACAACACAGAUGUCUUCUUGCCUGUCCUGGUUGGUUUCAAUCCAGUGAGCAUGGCCAGAAAUGACCCCAUUGAAGACUGGAGUUCAACAUUCCGGCAAGUAGCAGAGCGGAUGCAGAAAAUGCAAGAGAAACAGGAAGCUUUUGUGCUCAAUCCUGCCGUAGGGCCUGAGGGUCUCAGCGGUUCCUCCCGGAUGAAAGGGGGAAGUGCCACCAAGAUCUUGCUGGAAACCCUGUUGUUAGCAGCUCAUAAGACUGUGGACCGUGGCAUUGCAGCAUCUCAAAGAUGCCUCCUGGAAAUCCUCCGGACAUUUGAGCGGGCUCAUCAGGUGACCUACAGUCAGAGCUCCAAGAUUGCCACCCUGAUGAAGCAAGUCAGCACCAGCCUGGAGAAGAAAGGCCGAGUGCACUUGGUUGGCUGGCAGACCCUUGGCAUCAUUGCCAUCAUGGAUGGAGUAGAGUGCAUCCACACUUUUGGCGCUGAUUUCCGAGAUGUCCGUGGCUUUCUUAUGGGUGAUCAUAGUGACAUGUUUAACCAGAAGGCUGAGCUCACCAACCAGGGUCCCCAGUUCACCUUCUCUCAGGAGGACUUCCUGACUUCCAUCCUGCCUUCUAUCACGGAAAUUGACACUGUGCUCUUCAUUUUCACCCUGGAUGACAACCUCAUGGAGGUGCGGACACUGGUGGAGCAGGUGAAAGAGAAGACCACUAACAUCCAGGCCCUGGCACACAGCACUGUGGGGCAGUCUCUGCCGACCCCUCUGAAGAAGCUCUUUCCCUCCAUCAUCAGUAUCAUGUGGCCACUGCUGUUCUUUGAAUAUGAAGGAAACUUCAUCCAGAAGUUUCAGCGUGAGCUAAGCACCAAGUGGAUACUGAAUACAGUGAGUACAGGGGCCCAUGUUCUUCUUGGGAAGAUCCUACAAAACUACAUGUUGGACCUCCGCAUUGGCAACUCCAAGCUGUUCUGGAGGGCACUGGCCAUGCUGCAGCGGUUCUCUGGGCAGUCCAAGGCCCGAUGCAUUGAGAGUCUCCUCCAAGCGAUCCACUUUCCUCAGCCACUUUCGGAUGAAAUUCGGGCUGCUCUCAUCUCCUGCCACAUCCAGGUUGCACAGGAGAAGGAACAGGUAAUCCCUGUAGCCUUGCUGAGCCUUCUCUUCAGAUGCUCCAUCCCUGAGGCUCAGGCACACCUGGCUGCAGCUCCCUCUGUCUGUGAGGCUGUCAGGAGCGCCCUUGCUGGGCCAGGUCGGAAGCGCAGGACAGACCCCCUGGAGUCUCUACAGCCUGCCCUGCAGUGACCUGGCAUUUUUGGGUGUGAGGGAACCCAGCCCAGCUGAAGGGGACUUGUGCCAGCAGCACAUGUGGUAGGAGGAAGAAAUCCAGUUUCCAGGGGCACCAGCAGCACUUGGUGGGGAGAAAGAUUUUCUCCAUCUCAGGGGAGAAAUUCUUGCUCUUGACUCAGUGUCUCUCACUUUCACUGGCUUUUUCUGAUUUUAGAAAUAAAACUAAAUUCCUGUUUUGGAAAGUUA